CGCCAUCCCAUUAUAACUUCACUCCUUAAGCAUCAGCCUCCUUUUCAACUCCACGGCGCAGAUCCGAGGAGUUUCUCAAUCUCUCGCCACCUCCAAAAGCUUUCCAAUCUUCUUCUAAUCCUUCGUUUUUCACUGAUCUACAGAUAUGGCAGGUUUGGCUCCAGAAGGAUCACAAUUUGAUGCUCGUCAGUAUGACUCAAAAAUGAAUGAGUUGCUUUCAUCUGAUGGACAGGAUUUCUUCACCUCAUAUGAUGAAGUCUAUGAUAGUUUCGAUUCUAUGGGCCUUCAAGAGAACCUUCUAAGAGGCAUCUAUGCUUAUGGUUUCGAGAAGCCAUCGGCAAUCCAGCAGAGAGGAAUUGUUCCUUUCUGCAAAGGGCUUGAUGUGAUCCAACAAGCGCAGUCUGGAACAGGGAAGACUGCAACCUUUUGCUCUGGCAUUCUGCAGCAACUUGAUUAUGGUCUUGUGCAGUGUCAGGCUUUGGUGUUAGCACCCACUAGGGAACUUGCUCAACAGAUUGAGAAGGUUAUGCGAGCCCUUGGUGAUUAUCUUGGUGUUAAGGUUCAUGCAUGUGUUGGUGGGACAAGUGUUCGUGAGGACCAGCGCAUUCUCCAAGCUGGUGUCCAUGUUGUUGUUGGUACUCCUGGUCGUGUGUUUGAUAUGUUGCGUAGACAGUCACUUCGUCCUGACUAUAUUCGGAUGUUUGUGUUGGAUGAGGCUGAUGAAAUGCUUUCUCGUGGAUUCAAGGAUCAGAUUUAUGACAUUUUCCAGCUGCUGCCGUCCAAGAUUCAGGUUGGUGUUUUCUCUGCUACAAUGCCACCUGAAGCCCUUGAGAUCACCAGGAAGUUCAUGAACAAGCCUGUGAGGAUUCUGGUAAAGCGUGAUGAGCUCACCUUGGAAGGUAUCAAGCAGUUUUAUGUCAAUGUUGACAAGGAAGACUGGAAGCUUGAGACUCUCUGUGAUCUUUAUGAGACUUUGGCCAUCACCCAGAGUGUCAUCUUUGUGAAUACCCGACGCAAAGUUGAUUGGCUCACUGAUAAGAUGCGAGGCCGUGAUCACACAGUGUCUGCUACCCAUGGUGACAUGGACCAGAACACUCGAGACAUCAUUAUGCGAGAGUUCCGUUCAGGCUCAUCUAGAGUUCUCAUUACCACCGAUCUAUUGGCCCGUGGUAUAGAUGUCCAGCAGGUAUCACUUGUUAUUAACUAUGAUCUGCCGACACAACCAGAGAAUUACCUUCAUCGUAUUGGACGAAGUGGACGGUUUGGAAGAAAAGGUGUUGCGAUCAACUUCGUAACUACUGAGGAUGAAAGAAUGCUAUUUGACAUCCAGAAGUUCUACAAUGUGGUAAUUGAAGAGCUGCCGGCUAAUGUUGCUGAUCUCCUGUGAUGAAUGAAAUGGAUUCUUGUGGUCAACGAGGCAUGGUUUCUCUCUACUCUUCGAAGUACAACUCAAGCUUUUCCCCCCUCUUUUUGCUCUACUUUAGUGUCUUAAAUUAAUAUUCUUGAACCUAUCUCUGACCUUGGAAAUGGUGUGCCCUGCACCACUGCAAUAUAAAGAUUGUCAAAUUGCCAUACUGGUAAAUUAUGGGCCUUUUUGUUUCUGUUGGGGUUUUGUAUUGUAUUUUUGAGGUUUUUUCUAUUGUUGCCUUUUUCCAAGUUAUGAAAACUCAUCUUGUUUUUGUCACUAGGAUUUUGCUAGUCUUUUAUUGGGCAAAUUUUGAUUGUUUAGCGAGCUA